CCUCUACAUGACCAGCCUUUAGCUACACCAAAUCUCUGCUCUCCCUUAUCUCAAGUUCAGCUGACGUUGCUUGUUUGUGGUUGAUGCCAUUUUCAUUUUGUUGUUAAUUGUAUGUCACUAAUAUGAUGAAUACGUUGACUUUGAAGGCUUUAUUUGGUUGUAAAUAACUAUAUACAGAUUAGCAGCCGCAGACUACUUAAUAGCACGCACACACAAACAAACAUGAACACGAUCAUAUCAGGCAGAGUGCGCAAAUUAGUUUCUGCAACCUUGAUACAACCUUGGAUAUUGCCGAUUAUUACCGCCCCAAAGGUAAGCAAACGAUCAAAGUCUCAAGGAAGAAGUUUGACAUGGUAAAAAAAAAAUAACACUGUCUUGUGCAUGUAAACAAGUUGUCGUUGGUUACAAUGUUGCAACGGUAGCCUGCAAGUAAAAUGUUGGGUUACAAUGUUGCAAGGGUAGUUUGCAGGUUGGAUUGUGGAGUGAGGAUUUACUCCUACUCUAUAGCAUUGGGAGGAAGUGAUUUUUUACUCAGUGCUAUAAUCGUAUUUUCCAUUUGUAGGAUGUAUUCACUGCAUUUGCAUGAAGGAAAUCUGUUUUGCUACCCUAAAUCUGAAACUGUUGUCGUUACAGGUCCAGCUCUCCACUCUACCCACUGAGCCUGUCAUCGCUGCCAAAAAGCCUUUCAAGGUGGAGCUUGUAGGUGGAAAGCGUCACUCAUGGUGCGCUUGUGGACACAGCAAGAAACAGGUGAAGGCACUACAAUCAUGCUUUACAUUGGCCACCAUGUGCCCAUCGCUUUCAAUGAAACAGGUUCAUUGAAUUCUGUCAUGAUCCGCUUGUUUGCGAUGAAAUGGAAUUGGAUCAGAUUGGCUUUAGCAUACCAAAGCAGCAGAUUAUUCAGGAAUGACCACAAAAUCUAGCAGCAGUAGCUAAUUUAGCAUUAGAGGUCCUCAAUCCCUGGCUUGUUUCUCCUGUCUUUCUGUCUUAGCCUUUCUGUGAUGGAGCCCACAAGACUAAAGCCCAGGGCCUGAUGCCUCUGCGCUUCGUCCCUGAGAAGGACUCCAAAGCUUGGCUGUGUGGCUGCAAGUACACCGCUAACCCACCAUACUGCGACGGCACUCACAAGCAGGAAUUCAUCCAGUCUGCCCUGCUCCCAGUGAACACACACUCCUGAAUGGAUAGGAGCUGAUUGUUUUUGUCCAAUUCACUGUGGUGUGGGUCCUCUGAGUUCUGGUCCUGGAGAUGGAGGACCAGAAUCACUGGUUCAGAAGGUAGCGCUAGCAAUUGGGUGAUUGACGGCGAACAGAUGACAUAUACAUAUCUGACAUACUGUGACAUGCUUAGAUCUGAUGUGAAAAGAUCUGAUGUGAUUGGUCAAAAGACCAAUUAGU